AUGGCUGUCGAAGACCUUGCGUCUUCUAGCUCACUCUCGCAAGAGUCUCGUGACACGAUUACUAUCGAUCAGGCGGUCCCCAACAUCCCCCGAGACCUUGACCUCGUAUUCGCGUCUGCUGAUCAUCUAGUUGAGUCUCACCGACUCACUCUGGCAGUCCAAGAAUUCAUCUUGAUGCUUGGUACUGGAAAAGCUACAACGCAGGUGGGUAGUACCGGUUUGAAUGUGACCAAGAACACGAAUAUGAGCAAUGAUGAUGUCAGGCAGGAGGGUCCUAGUGCCGAUCAAAGCAUUGUUGGCAGGUUGACGGUGAAGGAAGAGAAUAUGCGGUCUGUCCUCCAAUCUCCAGGAUGGCGGGCCGCCGCCAAACUCGGCAGCAACAGCAAUAAUGACCCCCAUAAGAUCGACCUCCGCCGGGCGGCAUAUCUGAAACAGAUCGAUGGUGCCAGUGGGCCAGAUUCCUAA